AUGAAGGAUGAAGCUCUCGCUUCUGCGUCCAGCUCCCAACAGUCAGCUCUUUUCUAUCCUCGUCUGUCAUUGAACGGGCACACGAGGUCUAUCUCAUCUCUUAAGUUUAGUCCCGAUGGGUCAACCUUAGCUUCAUCGGGCGCCGACAGAGUAAUAAAGCUGUGGGAUGCAUACACCGGUGAAAUCCUACGCACGCUUUCUGGUCAUGACCAAGGUAUUUCCGACAUCGCCUGGUCCUCCGAUGGCGAAUUUCUGGCAUCUGCGUCCGACGACAAAACCAUAAAAAUAUGGAGCAUGGAUAAGGGUGUGGAAGUCAAGACUCUAACCGGCCAUACAAAUUUCGUGUUUGCUGUCAACUACAAUCCUCAUUCCAAUCUUCUCGUGUCCGGUGGAUUUGACGAAACCGUUCGCGUGUGGGACGUUGCCAGAGGAACAUGUUUGAAGGUUCUCCCGGCACAUUCAGAUCCUGUCACCUCUGUUAGCUUCAAUCACGACGGGACCCUGAUUGUUUCAUGCGCCAUGGAUGGCCUCAUACGCAUAUGGGACGUUGACUCUGGCCAGUGCCUAAAGACUUUGGUUGACGAUGAUAAUCCAAUAUGCUCUCAUGUUGAAUUCUCUCCCAACUCCAAAUUUGUUCUUGUGUCAACUCAAGAUUCUACUAUACGGCUAUGGAAUUACCAGACAUCGCGCUGUGUGAAAACAUACUCCAGCCACGUCAACAGAACUUAUUGUCUGUUUUCGUGUUUUAGCCACUCCAAGCAUAAAUACAUCGUCAGCGGAAGUGAAGACCAUAAAGCAUAUAUUUGGGAUCUGCAAACACGCCAGGUCUUGCAAACCCUGGAAGGGCAUCGAGACGUUGUGCUUGCCGUUGCCACACACCCCACGAAAGACAUAAUCGCAACAUCAUCAAUGGAGAAAGACUUGGCUAUCCGACUUUGGUUUGGAAAAGAUGAUGUUGUCACGCAAAAGACUCAAUGACGAUGAUGCAGCUUCAUAUGGACGUAACUAUCGUAUAAUAAAUGUACAGAUAUGCGCUACGAAUCUACAACGAGCUCUUCG